UUUAGUUACCGCGCUGCUGCCGCGUGGAACCGGCUGCCGUCGGCCGUCAGGGAGCAGCCCACGCUGACCGCGUUUCGCCGCGCAGUGGCGGCCAGCGAAGCCUGAGAUUUCAGUAUUUCAAUUUGAAAUUUAAAUCAAUUUUUAAGAGAUUUACAUGGAUUCGAAUUUGAUUUAAAUAUUAAAAGCCAUUUUUACAAGUAUGGAAUAGAAGCUUAUGACAAACAGGAAAUCUACAUGACAUUUCUACAUAAUCGUGUGGCGACCCUGCUUCUGCAAGACAUUAUAUGGUGGUCCAGAAGCAUUGGAUGAUGCAUAUGAAGGUAAUCCGGGUCUGAUCGAGUACUACGACCAGUUCAUGUCAACAUUGUUUGAGGAGCUCGGUGGGAAAAUUCCCGUCUGGGGCAUCAGCCAUGGCGGACACAGCCUGCCCGAGAACGACAGCUGCCUCCCCGACCUCAACGACCACCCUUCGCUGUACGAUCUGGAGGGUCAGACGGAGCGCAAGGUGGAGUUUAUCCGGUCGCACCUGCCGGCCGAGACGCGCCUGCACCUGGUGGGCCACUCGAUCGGCAGUCAGAUCUCGCUGCAGACGGAGCGCCGGCUGCCGCCGCGCCGCGUCGCCUCCUCGUACCACCUGUUCCCCACGGUGCAGCGGAUGCGCGUGUCUCCGGCCGGCCGCCGCGUCUGGCUGCUGUCGCGCUACCUGGGCUCGCUGGUGAUGGCCGUGGCCGCCCUGCUGGCCUGGCUGCCGCGACGGGUGCGCGCUGCCGCCGUGCGCCUCUGGCUGCCGGGCGACACGCCGGCGCACGCCCUGGAGGCCUCCGUGGAGCUGCUGCGGCCCGCCUCGGUGGCGCGCGCCAUGGCCAUGGCGCACGACGAGCUCAUUAAAGUCGACCAGCUGGAUGAGGAGCUGCUGCGCGGUGCUGCGCCGCGCGCGCGCUUCUACUUCUCGCGCUCGGACCCGUGGGUGCCGCUGGAGAAUGUGGAGGUGAUGAAACAGGCAGUGCCCGAGCUGGACACGGUCAUAUGUGAGAACGGCUACCCGCACGCGUUCGUGCUGCGAGAGGACGCCGUCGGAGGGUGCGCCAAACAUGUGGCCACCUGGGUGAAGAAGUUCUCAGAGGUGGUCGUGGAAGGGAAGGAGGAAAAGGCGAUGUAGAUGGCACUGUCAUCGGUACGUGAUGCCCUGGUUGUGAUUGUUGGGAGAUGUUAGAAUGUUUAUACACGGGCUCGAUCAGAGUUUAGGAGAAGUGAUAAACAGAGAUAUGCUGCGUCGGUAGACAAGUGGGCAGAGGGGAACAAAUAAGCUGAGGUUAUACUGUGCUACAAAUUUACUGCUACGCUUUGCUGAGUUGGACUCGAGUCGCCAACGGAAUGAGAGCUGUUCGGCGUUCGUUCUCAGCAUGAUGAAAUCCAUGUGUUGUGGGUUGUGUAUCGGGAUACAGUGACAAGUAAGACCCGGGUUUAUGGG